AUGUUGCCAUCCCUCGUUCAGACUGUGAUUCCAUCGGUCUCUCCUCCGCGGCUCGUUCACGAUGUGAUCGAACCCAGUCCGCCGGACCAUACCAUGGACGACCUCCUCCGGGAAUGCAAGACGCUCUUCGAGGAACCGUUGAAUCUCCAAAAUCUCCUGGCCAUGUCCGGGCAGCUGCAGGAUCAAUUUCGGGGGAAGAUGAAGGCAAGCAACAUUUCCAUGCUCCCGUCGUAUAUACAUACGCUCCCAACGGGUCAAGAGCAGGGGACAUAUUUGGCGCUGGAUGUGGGGGGUUCGAGUUUUCGGGCGGCGUUGGUCGCGUUAACGGGGAGCGAGCGUGGCGAGGAGGGAAUGAAGAUAAUACAUAUGGAAACAUUUCGGAUAGACGACCGGGUUAAGUUGCUGCAAGGCAAGGCGUUCUUCGAAUGGAUGGCGGAAAGAAUAGAAGACAUGCUUCGAAUCCCCACGGUCCGGGACCAGGUAGACGCUGGCGUUCUUCCCAUGGGGUUGUCAUGGUCAUUUCCAAUAGAACAAACUUCCGUUCGCGGCGGGAUGCUCCUCGAUAUGGGCAAAGGAUUCAACGCCGUGAAUGGCAUCCAUGGCGUAAAUCUCGGGGAGCUAAUAACAAUCGUUUGUAGAAAAAGGAAUCUUAACGUUCGAAUGGAUGCCAUCAUCAACGACGGUCAGGCGACCUUCCUAUCGCGCGCCUACCGCGACCCCUCCACCCGCAUCGCUCUCAUUUUAGGAACUGGCACCAACGCCGCCAUCAUCCUUCCUACCUCAUCGUUCCCCAUAUCCAAGUUCGGCGAUCGACCACAGUCAUGGCACGACAAAGCCACCCACGUGCUCGUCAACGCCGAGUUCAGCAUGUUCGGCAAAGGCAUCCUGCCCACCACGCGCUGGGACGACUACCUCAACAUGACCCACACGCAGCCCGACUUCCAACCCAUGGAAUACCUCAUCUCCGGCCGCUAUCUCGGCGAGAUCGUCCGCCUCAUCUGCCUCGAAGCGAUCAAAUCCCACCGCCUCUUCAACGGCGCCGUGCCCGAUAAGUUCGAGCAACCGUACGCGUUCGACACCGGCACCAUGGCCACGUUCGAAAGCGACGACACCCUUUCCCUCUCCAAAUCUGCCGCCGUUCUCCAAGCACAGCAUCCGCUUCCGCAUUCCCACGUCCCCGCCCUCCAGGACCUCCGCUUCGUCCGUCAGAUCUCCAAACUCGUCUCCCGGCGCGCCGCUGCGUAUCUGGCAUGCGGGAUCCAUGCCCUCUGGUCACUGCGGAAUAGUUCGGAAGGCUUUGAGGCCGGCCAGGUGGGCCGCGUAUCCAUCGGAUGCAACGGUGCGGUCAUUGAGCGGUAUCCUCAGUUCAAGCCAUCGUGUCAAAGCUACCUGGAUGAGAUGACGCGGAUGAGUGGGGGUCAGGAGCACAGUGUGGUGUUGGAGGAUGCCGGUGAGAGUUCGAUAUACGGUGCGGCUGUGGCGGUGGCGUGUCUGGAAGGGGAGGAGUUAUGA